AUGGCCAAAUCAUUAAGAUCCAAGCCCAAGUUGAGAGCUAAAUCCAUCAAGAGAAAGGCCGAGUUUUCCAAUUUCGUCAACGACCGUGACCUGAGAUUGGCUGAGAAAAUCCAGGCCAAUUUGGAGAAACAAAAGGCAAAGAAAGAACAAGAGAAGGCCGAAUCCUCCCAAGACAAGCCUGCCGAGGAACAGAAGUAUCAGCCCAUUGAUUUCAAGUCGAUCAGUACUGCUGGCGGAAAGAGAAACUCCAAGGGUGAGCGCAAGAAGGGCAAGAAGGGCAAGAAGUCGAAGUUUCUUAACUAUUAG